AUGGGUUACGCCGUCGACAUUUGCAUCUAUAGCCUCGGCCUUAUCUUAACAUUCCAAGGCGUUGUCGCUCUGCUUGAUCCAGAAGGGCAAUUCAGUCUUCGAGGCAUCAAAGACAUGAGGUCCUCCAAAGACAUGACCAGUUUCGCAUCCAUCUACAUGCUUGGAGUUAGAGAUAUCUCCGUUGGUGUCUUCAUCGUCGCCCAUCACUACGUCGACAAUUUAACGGCCGUGUUGACGUUGCUGGCUAUUUUGAGCUUCUUCAAACUUGGCGACGCCGUUGUCGUGAUUGCUGUCGGGGAUCAGAGUAUAAGAACAAAGGCAAUUGAGAAUAUGGGCAUGGGAGUUGGACUCCUUGGUUGGUUGGUUUAUCUGGCCAACAACUAA